UGUGGUUUUUAGUUGUCAAAUGAGAAUGAAGAGUUUUGGGCAGGCGAUUAUUACAAAACUCAAUAAUUAAUCGUGAAAAUUGUUUGUGAACUAUCGUAGUAAUAUAAAGAGACUCUUAUAUUUUUUGUGAUGGGAUAAUUUAUUAUAUGGACUAAGUGCAGUGCGUGUUAUUGAUGUGUUUACGAUUCGUAAAAUGUUCCCUAGACACAGUUUGGAAUCAUACAACAUCACCAUGCCCUAUGUUCGGUGACGGAAGCCACGAAAAGUGUUACGAUAUUACUUAAUUUGGGACAUUAAACUGUACUAUCAUGUGACUUUAUGUGAGUUAACUGUGUAAAGUUAGUAAGUGCCUUAAGUAAUUAGCCGCUUUUAUAAAUAUCUUAGAUUAAGCCAACCAUUUAAGGCACAUGCUGCUCAAUGGAUACCGAAAAAAAAGCGACCUCAAAUGUAAAAGUAAAGAAGAGCGGGCGUAAAAAUGAGAAAAAGAAAAAAACUGAGGCACAAGACACUGACGUCACGUUAGACGAAGUAUGUCAGCAAAUGAGCAAGCUGGCGGAUGAAGACGCGGGCAGCGUCUCGGCCAGCUCCACCGAUAGCGAAGACUUGGUAAAUGCUAUUAACUACAACACCAUUACAUCACUCGCCGCCCUCAAGGAUAUAAUCCAGGGCGACAACAAUGAUACUCCAGAAACAGAUAGUUUCUUCCAACACUACUUUAUGAAUCACUGCAACAAUCUAUCUAGUAGGAACUCUAAUUCGCCGUUCCCAUUCCCGGAGCGGCGAAGAUUAUCACAAUGCCGCGAGGAAGAUGAGGACGAUGAGAAGAAAGAUUGUGAUCUACUGUUCUCGCCUGUUCGGAGUGAAGCUAAGCCUCAAAAUAUAACGAGAAGCAAUCGUAACAAUAUUGCUAAUAAAAAUAUCACAACUGGAACAGAAGAUCAGAAUGCUAAUGUAGUCAGCGGGUCGGCAUCUGCUGAUAACCAUGUGGCAGAUGACCAGGAGCCUCCUAAGAGGACUGUGAUGGGAGCUCGCCACAAGUUCCUGGUGACUACAACUGAACCACCGACUGCGCCGCCUGCCGUCGAACGAGCUCUACGAACACAUGUGCAUAACGCACACACGGUCCAUUUCGGCACGAAAGGUGCUGAAGAACUACGGCCGAAUGUGCGCUCCAUUUUUGCAGGACAGAAUCUCCACCUUGAUAAACACUAUUUUGAUAGUAGUUUGAUUGAAAUUAGAUCUACCGUUGAUGAUGAUGUGCCCGCUAGUUCUGAGGACAUUUGGGUUAAAAGGACCGAAGACAAAGUGGCUCCUAAAGAAGCACCCGUGUCUGUAGCAGACUUAUUGAAGAUUGACGAAGAAGUAGUCAAAUCGCCCAAGAAGAAUAUAGAAGAAGUGAGAGCUCGUUCGGGCACAUGGGGUGCUGCCACUGGCACCAAACCAAAGGAGCCCGUCAAGAAAACUGUGCGGAAAGAAAAAGAUGUACGACGCAGUAGCGAUGAUAGACGGCAGAAAAGAGAACAACGUCUGGAUGCAGCCAUCACCCGCAGCACCCAGUCCGUGGGUGAACGCAAGAGACGCAGCUCUAGUGAUGAUGGACAGGCUCAUCCUAUGUACCAGCAGACUAUACACGGAACCUCCGGGGUGAGUCGAAGGCCUGCGCUCUUCAAUAUCCUCAAGUCCAAGCCUCGUGGGGAAGUCAAGAAACAACCCUCACUUAUGCAGCAAGUCAUGGCUGCAGUACAGAACAUGACGAAAUCCAGCACUCCAUCAAAAGAACCCGUGAAAGCGGAGGCGAAGGUAGACCCACCAGCUACUCCAGAGCUGAAGGCCAGAGACGGCUCCGCACAUCCACACCCUGGAAGUGAUACCAAAUACUACCACACGGUGACAGCAGCGUCGUCGCGUCGUCCCAGCGCGAUGUCCAAAGUCAUGGAGAUGUUCCGAGGCCGAGCCUCCAUGCCCGGCCAGAGUCCGCCGAUAGAGGGCGCCGAGAAACGCAAAGCGAGGGUGAUAGCUCAGCAUCAACAAUAUGCAGCAGGAGCCCAACUCCGGAGAGCGGCAUCCCAAGAUGCAGAGAAGCGUCGGUCAUCACUAGGCCAUGUGCCCACCGCACGUCACAGAGGGUCGGAUGCCUUCCUGGAUCCUCACCAUGCGGCCAUGCUGUUCCGAGACUCUCGGGGGUUGCCGGUGGCGGAUCCAUUUUUGGACAAAGUCAACCUUUCCGACUUAGAGGAAGAUGAGUCCCAGAUAUUCGUGAAGUUCUUCAAGUUUCACAAAUGUUACGACUUGAUACCGACGUCGGCGAAGUUGGUGGUAUUUGACACACAGCUACUGGUGAAGAAGGCGUUCUUCGCUCUCGUCUAUAACGGAGUCCGCGCUGCGCCUCUAUGGGACUCGCAGCGCCACAAGUAUGUGGGCAUGCUCACCAUCACGGACUUCAUCAAGAUACUGCAAAUGUACUACACCAGUCCCAAUGUCACCAUGGAAGAACUUGAGGAGCACAAACUUGAGACUUGGCGCGAAGUACUGCAAGGAUCGGUAAUGCCGCUGGUGUCCAUUGGGCCCGACAGCUCGCUGUUCGAGGCCAUCCGAAUUCUGAUCACCAACCGCAUCCAUCGAUUGCCCGUCAUCGAACCGGAGACAGGCAACGUGCUCUACAUACUCACGCAUAAGAGGAUACUGCGUUUUCUAUUUUUAUAUAUAAACGACUUGCCAAAGCCCGCGUACCUGCAACGCAAGCUCCGUGACCUGCGCAUAGGCACUCACAAUGACAUCGAGACUGCCACCGAAGACACGUCUAUCAUAGACGCGCUUCGGAAAUUCGUCAACCGUCGCGUCUCUGCGCUCCCCAUCAUCGACAGUGACGGACGUCUGAAGGACAUUUACGCCAAAUUCGACGUCAUUAAUCUGGCAGCUGAGAAAACGUACAACAAUUUGGACGUGUCCCUGAAGACGGCGAACGAACAUCGCAACGAGUGGUUCGAGGGCGUCCAGAAAUGCACCCUGGAUGAAACUCUCUUCGAUGUCAUGGAGAGGAUAGUUCGCGCUGAAGUGCAUCGUCUAGUGGUCGUCGACGAGAAUGAUAAAGUGAUUGGUAUCAUAUCGCUUUCUGACCUCCUAAUGUACCUCGUUUUACGUCCCACCGGGGAAUGCAACGCCGGGGGUACCAGCCUCAGGAACGAACACUCGUCCAUUGAAGAAAAAGACGAGGGCGCCACAGAGGCAACCAAUGACACUGCAGAAAAGGUCAAGGUCGAAAUCACCGUCGAAGGUCAAACCGAAGGUCAAGGUGAAGGUCAACCCGAAAGUGCCAACACUGAGGAGGCUAAAGAGUGCCAAGAUUCGUAAAGUGUUGAGUUUUUUAGUUUGUGAUGUGUCGAAGGAGCGCGGUUUAUUUUUGUUUGCAUUUCCAUUUUCGUAAAACUUUUAGCGGUAGUGAGUAACCAGUACAAGGUUUUUGUUGAUCUGGAUUUAAAAUGCUAUUGAUUUUGCAAAAUCAUGCAAUUUUGUUGACGAUUUGUAUACAAAGGUGAUAAUCAUUGAGUUACGAUAUUAUACGUUUAUAGCGGUCAAUAUGGAAUUAUAUGCUUUUAAAUCAUGCUAAAAAUUUACGUUUGAAGUUAUAAAGACUAUUUCAAGGUCAUUUUAUGAAAUGUCAUUUAUGAAUAUUGGAUAGAAGAGUAGCUUCUAUUAUAUAUAGCUUUUGUAACCAGGACUGUAAUUAUGUACCAUCAGACAAUUCGUCAAUUAUGUCAAAGUAAAUACUAUAAUCAUCAUCAUCGGCAAGAAUCUUGAGCGCUGACCUGCACCUGCGCAGAAGUGAUUUAUUGGGUCCCUUUUGUGGUAUGAAGUGAGGCGCGGGGGCGUUGAAAAGCGGUGAAUUGGCCCGCAGCGCAUCGCGUCAUAGCCUUCACUCGGGAUUGGUUCUUUACUAAUAAAUCACUUCUGCGCAGGGGUAGGUCAGCGCUCAAGAUUCGUGCCGAUGAUUAUACCAAGCUUUUACUAUAUGGAGCAACCAUUUAAAAGAUCAUAGAUUUUGGUUGUGAUAAAAAACCAAAACAAGUUUUGUUUCACUUUGAAAAGUUUUGUUAUUUCUUUUUCAAUUCCAGUUUUGAUACGAUAUUUAUGUGUAUAUUCCAUAUUUGUUUGUAUAAUUUUGUGGUUUCACCUCACGUUGUAUUAUUCCUCCAUAUUGUGACUAAUUAUGUUUUGUACCGAUAGAAUAUUAAACCAAUAGAAUCAAAAAUCUGAUUAAAAUGUUCUAUAAUCUGUAUAUUUUCAAUAUUUAUUCGUUUAGCAUAGGAAUUAGCAUUGUUCAUAUUCUUGGAGCUUCAAAUUAAGUUCAAUAGAUCCAUUUUUCAAAAAUGUGUCAAAUUCUAAAAUUCUAUUCAUAUUAUAACAGAAUAUUAGCUGUGUUAAUUCCUCUCUACAGUUCUAAGAAGAUUUUUUUUGGCAUUAGGAUUAAAUACA